AUGGCCGAAAAGAACGAAAAGAAUAUCGACACCAUCAACGACCCCGGCGUCGAGCCUCCGCAGUAUGGCGCCCUCCACGAGAAGUCGGAGCACAAGCCGCAGACGGAGCUGGUAGACGAUACCGGUCGCCGGGCGUCUGUCGCUAUGAACAUUGUCGAAAACCCUCUGCAGCGUGGCUCUCGCGAAGCCGUUGUGGCAGACGCGCGCGCUUUUGCUGAGAGCAAUGGCAUGGCUGAGCACGCCUCGCUUUUUGGUCGGGCUGCGCUUGUUGCGCGCGACCCCAAGCGAUUCGAAAUGCUUGCAGAGAUCGAUGAGGAAGAGCGUAACGCCCUCAUCUACGAGCGCGACCACAAGUGGCAUGGCCCCAAGAUGCUGUGGUACUCGAUUGGGCUGUGCGCCAUCGGUGCCGCCACCCAGGGAUGGGACCAGACCGGUUCAAACGGCGCCAACUUGUCCUUCCCCCAGGAGUUCGGCAUUGAUGGCAAAGGUCACGACGAGUGGAUUGUUGGACUCAUCAACUCCAUCAUUUUCUUGACUGCCGGUUUGAUCGGCGCUUUCAUCGUCGACCCUCUCAACAAAUAUCUCGGCCGACGCGGUGAGAUCUUCGUAACCGCUCUGUGUCUUACUGCAACGCCCAUCGGCUCCGGUUUCGCAAAGUCAUGGCAAGGACUUUUCGCCGCCCGCUUCAUCAUGGGCAUUGGCAUCGGCGCAAAAAACGCGACUGUGCCCAUCUAUUCCGCUGAAAUGGCCCCCGCCCGCAUUCGAGGUGCUCUUGUCAUGUUCUGGCAAUUGUGGGUCGUCAUCGGCAUUUUCUUGGGUUUCUGCGCCAACGUCAUAGUCAAGGACACCGGCCGCAUCGCUUGGCGUCUCCAGCUUGGCUCCGCCUUUAUUCCAUCCUUCAUCCUCGCCAUUGGAAUCUUCUUCUGCCCGGAAUCGCCCCGAUGGCUGAUGAAGCAUGGGAAAUACGACAAGGCCUUUAGGUCCAUGUUGGCGCUCCGAGCUCAUCCCAUCAUUGCCGCGAGGGACUACUACUACUCGUUCGUCAUUUACGAGGAGGAGAAGAAGAUCGCUGCCGGAUCCAACUACUUCACUCGUCUCUGGGACUGCUUCUCCGUGCCCAGGAUCAGGCGUGCCAACUAUGGAGCUUCCACCGUCAUGCUUGCGCAACAGAUGUGCGGUAUCAACAUCAUCUCCUUCUACAGCUCCACCAUCUUCGAAGAGGUCGGCUACACUGCCACCCAGGCGCUAUACGCUUCCCUUGGUUACGGCGCUGUCCAGGUCGUCUUCACGAUCCCCACCCUCUUCCUGAUCGACACCAAGGGCCGCAGAACCCUCUGCAUGAUCACCUUCCCACUCAUGUGUCUCUUCCUGCUAGCCGCAGGUCUCUCACUCCUCCAGCCCGAGGAAGCAUCCCGUGGCGCGAAAAUCGGACCCGUCGUCCUCUUCAUCUAUCUUUUCACCAUCGCCUACUCCCUCGGCGAAGGUCCAGUCGCCUUCCAAUACUCCGCCGAGGUGUUCCCCACCAUCCAGCGCGAGCAGGGCAUGGCCUGGGCCGUCUGCAUCAACAACACCUUCGCCGGUAUUCUCUCGCUCACCUUCCCCCGCAUGAAGACCGUCAUGACGCGCACCGGUGCCUUCGGUUUCUACGCCGGCCUCAAUCUAAUAGCAUGGUUCAUGAUAUUCUGUUUCGUCCGCGAAACGAAGCAGCUUACGCUCGAGGAGCUCGACCAGGUCUUCUCCGUGCCUACCAAGACGUACCUCGGGUACGAGAUCAAGGUCAUGGUGCCAUACUUCAUCAAGCGGUGGAUCCUGUUCCAGAAGUCUACUCCCAAGCCUGCUCCCAUCAUCGAGAAGGCCGAGUACACUGAGACUGUCCCCAGCGCUUAG